CCGGAGUGUGCGCACUUGACACACUGCAGUCAUUUCCAAGAUGGCGGAUCAUGAAGAGGCCGUCAGGGAGUUCGUUGCCGUUACCGAUGUGGAUGAAGAGCGGGCCCGCUUCUUUUUGGAGUCCGCCGGCUGGGAUCUACAGCUCGCUUUGGCCAGUUUCUACGAGGACGGUGCUGAGGAUGACAUUGUGACCUUGCCUCAGCCGGACGGUGGUUCGCUUUCACGCUCCACGGGAUCCAGUGAGCACAGAGUUACUUCCUUCAGGGAUCUGAUGCACACAGAAGACGACGAGAGCGACGAGGAGGAAGGACAGAGGUUCUAUGCGGGGGGCUCAGAGCGCAGCGGUCAGCAGAUUGUAGGCCCCCCUAAGAAGAAGAGCUCCAAUGAACUGGUGGAGGACCUGUUCAAGGGAGCCAAGGAGCAUGGCGCAGUACCUGUGGACAGAGCUGGCCGGGGUCCCAGGGAAUCCAACCAAGCACAGCCUUUUGUUGGGGGAGGGUACCGGCUUGGAGCAGCCCCUGAGGAGCAGUCCACGUAUGUGGCCGGAGAGAGACGGUCAUCUGACAUCACACAGGACGUGCAUGUGGUGCUAAAGCUGUGGAAGACAGGCUUCAGCUUGGAUGAAGGAGACCUGAGGAGCUAUUCUGACCCCAGUAAUGCCCUCUUCCUGGAGUCCAUCCGCAGAGGGGAGAUACCUCUUGAGUUGAGGCAACGGUCCCGGGGUGGUCAGGUAAACCUGGACAUGGAGGACCACAGGGAUGAAGAUUUCACCAAGCCCAAAGUGGUCUUUAAGGCUUUUGCAGGUGAAGGGCAGAAGCUGGGCAGUGCGACACCUGAGCUGGUGUCAUCUCCUGGGUUCGCUGGAGGACACCAGGAUUCAGCCAUUAGUGAGGCUCAGGCAAGCGCCUCUAUUACACUGGAUGCCUCUCAGCCAGUUACCAGCAUUCAGAUUCGGUUGGCCGACGGGGGUAGGCUGGUGCAGAAAUUCAAUCACACACACAGGGUGUCGGACGUCCGUCAGUUUGUGGUAGAGGCCCGCCCUGCCAUGGCAGCACGGGAGUUUGUGCUGAUGACUACUUUCCCCAACAAGGAGCUUGUGGAUGAGAGUCAGACGCUGCAGGAAGCCAACUUGCUCAAUGCUGUCAUUGUGCAGCGGCUAAAGUGACGUUGCCUUGUGUUCCGCUGGGCCCAACUGUAGCCUCAGAGCUCAUGCAGGACACGUGGACUGGAAGAUCUCGUUUUUGUUUUCUGAUACUUUUUCCCUCAGUAGCUUAUUAAUGGAUUUUCAAGGUAGUGGUGAUGUGUGUGUUAACAGCAGUGGCUGAUGAAGAAGGAACAAAAUAUGUAUGGUUUGAUGAGACACUGCUCCAAAAUAAGAGGUGAAUAAAAACAUAAUAAAAUAACUUUUUAAAGAAACAUAACUUUACCUCAAGGUUCAUUUUGCAGUGUAAUAGUUUUGGUUCCUAUUUAGUCAUUCCCAACCUUUUUUUUCCCCUCUCCCAUUUAUCCCUGAAAUCAUCCCACCAGAAGGGAGAUGUUUUCAUCCCCUCUCCUGAAAAGUCUGGGUAAUUGUUUUCUUUCAACACAUGUCUCCUGAAUGAGUGUUUUAAACAGAUAAUGGGAUUUUGAUAAGGGGAUCAAAUAUAGUUUUUUUUUUUUUUCUUUCCUUAACAGCAAUGACUACAUUUCUGCUUGAAUCAUUAGUGACAGAGGAUAUAUUAAUGGUGUAAAUGCAUCUAUAACCUUAUUCACUGUGUUAUACCUUGACUGGAAGCUCUGUGUGAUCUAAACUGAUUAAAAUCCAACUUGGUCUGGAGUUGUUUCAUUUUACCAUCUGAUUUUGCUUAUAAAUGUUUAAGAAAGAAUCCAUGAUGUCAGGGAGGUGAAGUUCUACAUGUUUACUGAGAGGAAAAGUGCACACAGAGCUCUCCUGCUACUGUACUGCC